CGCAGUGUCAUGAUUUCCGUUUCCCUCAAAGAAAGGAGGGUAAGGGGGGCGAGAGGGAGAGAGGGCUCCCAAUUCUGCAGCUGCCAUGUGGCCCCCAGCAGACCCCGAGCCCGCCGGGGCCCCGGAUGGCCCCCAGACCCAAAGCCUGCGAGCUUUGCUCCCCACACGGGAGUUCUUGUGCUCCCGCAAAGGCCGGCUCCUCCUAGGAGAAUCGGUGCUCUCUUUCAUCAUCUUUAUCUGCUACAUCGCAUCCACGGCGGCUCCCUUCCUGACUGUGCCCCUCUUGAUGUUUCUGCUGGCCCUCUGUUUCCUCUUUGGCUACUUCAUGAAGAUCAAUGAGAAAUUCCCUGGGAUGUGCUGGCCUCUCUCGGACUUCCUUCGAUGUGUCACGGCCGCCAUCAUCUACUUUGCCAUCUCCAUCACUGCUGUCUCCAAAUAUUCAGAUGGGGCCGCCAAAGCAGCUGGAGUCUUUGGCUUCAUCGCCACAAUCGUGUACGCCUUUGACUUCUAUGUCAUCUUCAAUGAUCUGUCCAAAUUUCUCAAACAAGGAAAUUCUGCCAAUGACACAGAAGCUGAAAAAUCAGAAGAGGAAGACUCCAAUUCUGAUUCUGAUUGAUGACCAGCUAUCUUGGACGACACUACUGCACAGACCACCAAGGGAAUCUCAGGGGGCGCUCUAAUUUUCCAGCCUCCAAGUACACUGCCAGCUGAGAAUGGGGCUUUUCCUUCUUAUGUUGGACUUUGCCUCUCAUUCCUCCUAUGUUACUGUUUCCCGAGGGGCUGUGGCUGUGGAGAACAACGCAACUCUCAACUCUCUCCCUUCCACUCUAUCCUCCAAACAGACUGUGAUAAGUUGUUGCGGUCUGCAGUUUGCUCACCUUUCCCGUGUCUAAGUGCCUUUUCAGUAUCUGGUUUCCUUGCCAUCUUUGUCAAGAAGAGCUAAUUCUACAAUCUUGAAUUUUAGUCUUAUAAUAAUGGAGAACUCACUUAACACAAAUGUCUCUCCCAAACCAUUGAGCCAUUUAGACUUCUGUGUCUGAGGUGAAUACAAGGCAGUGGAGGCCUUAAGUCUAUACCUGCAUCCAAGUCCCACACUGCCAUGUAGAGUCUUGCUACCUCGGUUUUUACCAAGCAUUUUAUAUGACAUGUGAUAGUGAGUAUCUAUUGGGGAAGAGGUAUAUUUGUACCCCUUGUGGCUUGACUGCCCCCAGGAAUCCUCACUGUAACACAUGCAACCUUGCUUAUCAAAAGAUUAAUAUCCAUUUGCCAAGGAGAGUUCCAUUUUCUGCCAUUAAAAAAACUCUACCUCCUACUGUCUCUUUAUGAGACAGAAGAGGAAAACUGGGGCUGGGAGACUCCAGAUCACCCAGGGAGUCACAUUUCUUAAAAAGAUGAUUUUUGUGGCUUAGGUGACCACCUGCCUUUGAGACAUACUUGCUCAAUGACAAGGACAAAAUGAUUAACUUUUCAACGCCUCCAAGUAACUCUAAGACUAUACUUUGCUGAUAUGCUGUUGAUCUGCAUCAGUGGACAGUUUCCACAGAGUGAGAGGCCUAUGUUAAUUAAGUCACAGGUUUGUGCUUCACUUUGACAUAGCAAUCAAUAACCAUUUAUGAGGCACCUACUGUACUACAUAUAUAGACCUCUUCUUCUCACUCUCUUCUUCUCUCUCUCCAUGAGCAUGUGCAUGUGCAUAUACAUCACACACACACACACACACACACACACACGUGCUAACAAGCACACCAGGCCUUGAAGCAAUACCCACUUGAGGCAUUUGACAUUUUGAAUAACAGUGGUCUUUCUGAGAAUCUGUUAUUAGACAGUUCUUCUUUUCUUCAUGUUCUUGGUACACAAAGACAAUUCUGACAUCUUUCAUUUCAGACAGUGGAUACUCAUCACUCCAUCAGGACCUGCACAAACACAUCUAAUUCCAGGUGCGAGGGUAGCUAGGAUGUAGUUCUAAUAGACUAGCCUAAGGAAGUGAGCUGUCGUCCUUCAAUAGAAAAGGACACCAUCCCAGCCCUGUUCAAAACAGACUACAUAAAUAUCAAAGAUUUAUCAGAGUUGGAAGGGACCUCAGAGACAAGGUGAUGAGUAAAUAUAUCAGCGGUUUGCAUUCCUUUAAGACUAUAAGGCCUUCCUCACAAGAGCCCAGUGAAUGAGGUGGUACAAGUAUAUAUUAUCCCCAUUUGACAAAUAAAGAAACUGAAACUCAGGGGAAAGAAAACCGGCAGCAGAAUCACAAGAUGGCUGUUGGUAGCCAAACCCUUGUUCCAAAUAGGUGCCUGCUGGCAGGCUAGGGGCACUCGGGGCAUAGCAGACCAAAGGAUUGUGGAAACUAUAACAUAACUAAUGACUUUUUCCAGGGAUUAGAAGGCCCAUUUUUAAUUAUUUCAGGAAACUGUGAUAUUGUAUGUAUUUCUCUCUCUCUAUUAUCAUCUUUCAAAACAUUUUUAUAUAAAAUUUAAGCCUAAAAGCUUUCAAUAUACAAAAGCAACAUUACCUAAGUAAAUGGCAUUUGCUAUGACUUGAGAACUAAUAUGACUGUUUAAGUGCCUUUGAUUUGUAAAGUUUUUCACUUGUUAAUAUACUGCAUGUCAAUCUGCCAUCCAUGAAAAGUCAUGAUGGAUUAAACCAUAGUGAUUA